CAAGAAACACUCCCUCAUCACGAUUGAAUCAAAAGCAGUGUGUGCAAUGGAGAGGGCAGACCGUUGCCGUUGAACUCAUAUCUAGUACAGUACCUUUUGCUUUCAAAUUAUUUCCAUCAAAGAAGAGAGAGAGAUCAGGAAAAUCAAUCAUCGACGUGGACUACAGUUGAAUGACGGGAGAUUUGGUUCACUUGGCUGUGAUUUCAGUUUGAACAGAAGACCAGGGAGAAUGGCGGAAAAAGAUGCCAAGGAGAUGCCUCAGAGAAGACUAGUACUGAUUGGUGCUCGACGAGACGGGAAAAGUUCAUCUGCCAACACAAUAUUGAGAAAGGAACGGUUCGAAUCUGGGCGAAUUCGAACAGCUCACUCUGAAGCCAGACAUGAAAUAGUCGAAAACCGGAACCUGGUGGUGGUGGUGGACACUCCGGGCUGGAAGUCCUCUACUUCCCUCAGUGAGAUUUCAGAGAGAGACAAGCAACAAUUAAAGCUCUAUGCCUCCAAGUGUCCACCUGGACCACAUGCCUUCCUCCUUGUCAUACCCACCGAUUCCAGCUUCACUCACGAACGGAGAACGGUGGUGCAAGAACACAUGAAGUUGCUGGGGGAUCGGGCAUGGAGAUACACCAUGGUGCUGUUCACCUUUGGAGACUACCUGGGCAAGAGGACCAUUGAGGAGCACAUUGAAAGAGAGGGUGAAGCGCUCACCUGGCUGAUCGAAAAGUGUCAAAACAGAUAUCACGUGUUCAACAACAAGGACAAGAGCAACUCGUCCCAGGUCAUCGAGCUGAUGGAGAAGGUUGACGACAUGGUCAAUGAAAAUGACGACAGCUUCUACAUGCUAGACAACCAGAUGAUUGACACCAUUAGGAAGAAGCAAGAAGAAGUGGCUGAGAAGGCCACACAGAGAUUGAGACGGGUCUCGGAACAAAGACAGAAAAUGAAAAUGGUCCUUUCGGAAAUGGAGCCCAUCCAGACACUUCGUAUUAUUCUCCUGGGCAGCCGCUUUGUUGGGAAAACCUCUGUAAAGGACACCAUCUGUGGAAUCAAAGAACGAGUAAAAGAAACAACAGUGUUUUCAUAUGCCCAGGAGGGCAUCGUGGGCAGGACCAAAAUAACAGUUGUGGAUACUCCGAGUUGGCACAAAGGCUUCUCUGCAUGCGACACACCAGAAAUCAUCAAGGACGAGCUACUGCAUAGCUUGUUGAAGUGCCCCCCUGGUCCCCACGUCUUCUUGCUUGUGAUCGAUGCAGAUGCCUCGUUUAACGCCCAGCACCUGGAAGCAGCCACCACUCAUGUGGAGCUGCUCGGGGCGAGUGUGUGGAAGCACACAAUGGUGGUGUUCACUCGAGGAGACUGGCGGGGCUCACGCAGCAUUGAAGAAUACAUUGAGGGUGAGGGGAAUUCCCUGCAGAGUUUAGUGGAGCGAUGCGGUAACAGAUAUCACGUCCUGGACAACAUGAACGAAGAUGACAGCAGUCAGGUUGACGACCUAUUGGAGAAAAUCACCCUGACUCUGGCAGAGAAUGGGUGGCAACAUUUUAUACCCAAUCAGAAGAUGUUGGACGCCUUGAUGGAGAAAACAAAAAGAGUGGAAAACGCUGCUCGACUGAGAAGUCAAAUGAAGGCAACCAGAGCAACGAAAGGUCCUCCCAAAAAGUUGAAAGAGCUGAGAAUUUUGAUACUUGGUGAAAAGUUGUCAGGAAAGACAACAGUAGCAAAUUGCCUCCUGCGGGGCAAAGUGUUCCCCGCCCAACCGAAUGACAGCUGUAUGGCCAGGCAGGGACAGGUUGCUGGCAUGCAAGUCACAGUGGUCGAUACCCCGGGCUGGUACAGCGAGUCCGAGUGCACUCAGCAACGGGACCGAGAAAUAGUCCGGGGUCUGACCCUGAGCCCUCAGGGGUUCGACGCUGUUCUGAUUGUGAUUUCCUUGGAUUUCAAAUUCGACCAGGACAAUCUGAACGCCCUGCUGGAUCACAUCAAGCUCUUUGGCGACAGCAUCUGGAACCACACAAUGGUUCUGUUCACAAACCAAGACACUUUGGGAGCCAGGUCCCUAGAGGUGUUUAUCGAGAGGGAAGACAGACCACUUCGAUGGUUGGCCGACAAGUGUGGAAACACCUACCACUGUCUGCAUGUCACAGAUCAAACCGACGUUAGUCAGCACUACCGGCUGUUUGAAAAGAUAGAGGGCAUGUCAGCAAAGAAUCAGGGCCGCCUGUUCUGCCCUGACUUGCAAGACGUUGACCUGAGGCUCAAUAAAAAGUGCAAGGAGAGGCUAAGGAAAGCUGUUCAACAUAUGAUAGAGCAGGCUGCCAGAAAACGAGAGCUGAAGCUGUGUCAAGACCUCAAGACCAACCUUGAGAAGCUGCAACAGGACAUUAAGGAGAUUUUUUCCUCUCCAUUGACACUGGCCACAGGUAGCAAAACCAAGAAGAAAACUGUACUGGAAGAUAUCGAGAACCAGAUCCAAGGCCUGAAUGUGAAAAUGAUGACUAUGACUCAACUUCGGAGCAGCAUGGACUUUGGAGUCCCGAGCAUGAGUGGAUCCAUCCAUCCCAUGGAUGAAUGUCUGCAAUGGCUGUCUCAUCUUGACGUUAGCACAAAUCAAGAUUCUACCCUGACCCUCAACUUUUCAGAGUCAUCGGGAUACGAAUCGCAUGUUUCAGAUGGCUGAGCUGCAUCAAUGUCAUCGGCAUACAGGUCGGGGAAAGGCACUGUUCUGCCUGUACCUGCUCGUUGGCCUCAGGUAUAACGAUCAAAUAUGGGGCCACACAUUUCACACACACAAACCUUUCAACACAGCAGUGGAUUUUUUUCCCAAUCAAUUCCAAGAAUCAAACAUAUAUUUUAAUGUACUGCACUGAUAUAGCAAGCAACUACACAUCCUGGCUCAAAAUAGUAUUUAAAAAGUAUUAAGUACACAACAACAUUUUCUCCGGUUUCCUCCCACACCCCAAAAACAUGCAUGGCAUGUUAAUGGAACACCCUAAAUGGUCUCUGGUUGUUAUUGUGGGUGUGAAUAGUUGUUUGUGAAUGGCUGGCAACCAGUUCAGGGUGUCCCCUGACUACUGCGCGAAGACGGCUCGGAUAGGCUCCAGCACGUGCUGGAGCGGAUCAGAAAAUGGAUAGUUGGUGUUUUGUUUGUUUAUUUUGGACUAAUUUUCUGUUAAGCGGCCCUUCAUCACUUUUGAUAUUGAUGAAUGUAUGUGCAUACCAUGAAUUAAAAAAAAAAAUCUGAAUAUCCAACAAUUGAGUUCAAAAGUUAGAAGUGUUACUGACAGGAGCCUGUAUCAUUUGGGAAGUGACCAGAUUUGAUAAAUUCAUAUUUAAAUUUAA